AUGUUGACAACACUGCUGCCACUGCUGUUCCUGCCCGGCUGGGCCCUUUGUAGCCAGAAAGCCUCCGAUGGCCCGCGGAGCCUCCACAUUCUCCAGUUCGCCUACUUCCGCGACCCCCUUCACGUGCGGUACUGGGGCAAUGCGUCGCUGCGUGGGCAUCCAACGCACGUGUUGGAAGGCAAUGGCACCAACGUCACGAUCCUCCAGCUGCAGCCCUUAGAGGAGCCAGAGAGCUGGGCGCGUACUGAGCGAGGCCUGAAGCGCUACCUGCAAGAUUUCCACGGCCUCUUGCGGCUGGUGCACUUGGAACGCAGCUUGGCCUUUCCUCUGAUAAUUCGCUGCUUCCUGGGCUGUGAGCUGCCUCCUGAGGGCUCCAAAGCCCACAUCUUCUUCGAGGUGACUGUGAAUGGGAGCUCCUUUGCAAGUUUCCAGCCAGAGUCAGCCUCAUGGGUGGCUCCGUCCCAGACACGCUCCACAGUGGCCGCCUACACCCUGAAGGAGCUCAAUACCCACAAUCGUACUCGGUAUGAACUGCGGGAGUUCCUGCAGGACACCUGUGUGGAGUAUGUGCAGGAACAUACCGUGAACAACUUAAAAGGGAGCCAAACAGGACGCUCCUACACUUCGCUGGUCCUGGGCAUCUUGGUGGGCAGCUUCAUCAUCACCGGUGUGGCUGUGGGCAUCUUCCUGUGCACAGGUGGACGGCGGUGUUAA